AUGGAGGAAACAACAUCAGUAGUGAUGGAGGAUGACCCUGAAACUCCUUCCUUACCAAUGGAGUUGUGGACUGAGAUCUUGCUCAGGAUCCCAGCGAAGCAUCUUCUUAAGGUCGAGGUUGUUUGCAGGAGCUGGCAUGAUCUGAUCCGGAGGAGCCGAUCCUUUGCUCAAUCCCAUAAUGAACACUGGAGAUCCCGGCUCCGCGGUUCAGUGUUUGAAUGGGGUAAUGAAAUCUGCUACUCGUCUUGCAGUAGGUUGUAUCGUUUCAAGUACCUCGAGAGAGCAGAAAAGCGGACGAACAAAUUCCCAGUAAAAGGUGGCCGCCUAAUAGAAGACACGGGGUCGAAAGAAAUCUGCGUCCUCAGUUCAUGUGACGGGCUACUUCUCCUCCGCACCGGAGGAGAAGGCCAACCCUGUCGACAACUGCUCAUCUACAACCCAAUCACGGGGUCAUACAAAAACCUGCCUGUAAAUGAUCCAGACUACUUCUCAUGUGAUCGGUGGGCCAUUAAUCGCUUUGGUGGAACAUUAUCGACCGUGAAUUAUCAGGUCUUUGGAAUAGUAUAUGAUGCUCGAGAAAAUAUGAGGUGGAUGUGCUACUGUUGUUAUCAGUUCAAGCUGCAUAAAUGUGAUAACAAUGGCGAUGAAGGGAAGCUGGAGUUGAAGGAGCUCGAUAUGCCUCGACCUCCGGGGUGGUUUUAA